UGCAGUUUAAGCCGCCUCGACUUUUUUUGAUUCAUCCAUAUCACGAGAUUUUGAUUGACAACUUCUACACCCGCGAUCCUUUACGAGCCUAUUCCUACACAAUUUCUUAGAAGAAAGCAGGUUGAAGACCAGCGGGCAAUCAGUUCAAGAUGGAGCCUCGUGCGCGUGCCGGCAAGAAUGUCGGCAAAAUGAACUUUUCCCAUGCCGAAUUGGCCCAGCUCCUCUAUGCUCACGGCGAUAUCAAAAAUCCCAUGCCCGAAACGGUUCGCGUUCUCGACGAGAUUCUCACCGACUUCAUGCAGUCCAUCGCCUUUGAAGCGAACCGCGCAGCCAACUACUCGGGUCGACAAAAGAUCAAGUACGAGGACUUUGAGUUUGCGUUUCGGAAGAACCCCUCGUUUCUAGGAAAAGUCCAAGAGGUGUUUGAGAAGCAAAAAGAGAUUAAGAAGGCCAGAGAGAUUUUGAGGGAUGGAGAGGAUGAGAUUAUGAAAGAUGCGGCUGAGGAAGAGAAGAGAAAAGAGAAGGCGACGACGACGAAGACGAAUAAGGUCGAGGAGGAAUUGGGCGAAGCCGACGACGAUGCUGAGGCAGAGGCUGAUGCUCUAGGGAAGAGGAGGUAAUGAUGAUGGCAUUGACAGGAUGCAAUGUUUCUUUUUUUUUUCUUGGUUUCACAAAGCAUUACUUUGGAGUUUGGGAAAGCAUGGGCUGGUCGUUCGGAGGAUUUUGGCAAGACUACGCCAAGUAUAUUUCUCCUUGUUUUCUAGACACAGGUCUCAUCUACAUACAACUAGAUGCGGUAAUCAGAAGCAUCCAUUUCACGAUCCUUCAGCAAAACCCUUCGUUCUAUUGGUAGCCGCUUGUUCUGUAGUUUCAGCUACGGCUGAACAGCC